GGCGCUAACCGAGCAGUAUGGCGGACGAUGGAGACAGUUCGAGCGGACCAGUGGACACCAGCGGCGGGCAGGGGGCAGCGGACGAGUCGGACGGGCUCGGCGUCGGCGCGAUGUUGCUGAAUUUGAGCAUUUUGGUCGUUGUGGUGGCGGUGUGUCUGGCGGUGUACCGGCGGUGGGGCAGGCGGCUGGUGUCGGACGCGGCCCAGGGCGACGAGGCCUCGGCGCUUCCCAAGAUGCGGAGACGGGACUUCACUCUGGAGCAGCUGCGGGAGUACGACGGGCUCCAGAACCCCCGCAUCCUGAUGGCCGUCAACAUGAAAGUUUUCGACGUGACCAGCGGCAAAAAGUUUUACGGGAAAGAUGGUCCUUACGGCAUUUUCGCAGGCCGGGACGCUUCGAGAGGCCUGGCCACCUUCUGCCUGGAGAAAGACGCCCUGAGGGACGAAUACGACGACUUGUCAGACCUCAACGCUGUACAGAUGGAGAGCGUGAGGGAGUGGGAGAUGCAGUUCAUGGAAAAAUACGAUUACGUCGGGAGGUUGCUGAAGCCGGGAGACGAGCCGUCGGAGUACACGGACGAGGAGGACAUCAAGGACCACCUGAAGCACGACUGAGCGGUUCCAUCACACCGACCAAAGCCAGGAGCCCCAAACAGCUGCGACAGACCGCCCCCAGCCCCCCAGACCUCCUCCUCCUCCUCCUCCUCCUCCUCCUCCUCCUCCUCCUGCCCCAUCCAUCCACCUUCCACUCCUCUGUCCCGCCCUGAAUCUCCUCACCUCCUGAAUCGGUCCGGCGCCGUGGCUGUUCUGGAAGGGCAGGACUCAAGUCUCAACGCCCAGACCUCCCUCCCUCUUGACGACCACCAACAGAGAGCGAUGGAUUCGACGAGGGCUUUUAUUUUUUAAAAGACGGAAAACACGUCUGGGGGGGAGCGCCAUUAGAUGUAUCCAAAACAAAAUAUUUUAGUCAUUAAUCCUGGUUGAGGGGGGGCGUGUGGUCAUCGUGGUCGCCGCUGAGCGCCUGGUGGUCAGAGGUAGAGAAACACAUUGGUCGAAGAUGAUCAGUGGAAUCGGGAUUGGGGGAACAGAUUUCUUUUUAAUCUUUGGUUUAGUCAACUGAAACUGCUUCAGCUUUCGGACAGCUUAUCAAUCAAUCAAUGUUUUUUUUUUGUUUGUUUUUUUUUCCAGAUAAUUCCCCCCCUUGUGGAGAGGACAGUGCUGCAGCCUAAAAAAACAGCGCUGUGGGAACAGGCGGGGCGUCGCAUUUUCCUGUUGUGUUUGUAGUGUAUGCACUACUAGUUUUCUUUGUUUGUCACCAUGUGAUUGUAUUUGUUGAGUAGCAUAGAGGGCGGGCGGGAUUUUUUUUUUUUUUUUUUUUGGGAUGGUUGGGGGGGUUUUAAGGUCCUUGCCAUAUAAAACCUGUUUUGAAUCACAUCAGACGGACUGAAUCACUGAUCGGGAAUACAAAGGGAAGGUGAUAGGCAGUCCUAAUCAAUCGACUCAAUUGUUUACAUGCCUCACAAGCCAGCUGCAAGUCUGUAGAUGCCCCUGAAAAAUGGUCCAAGUAUUAAUUGUGCCUUAUUUUGUUUGUUGUGUCAGUCCUGGCCGUAACAGAGGAGGCGAGCGGAGGGAUGGAGGUGUCGGUUUUUUCCCUAGACUCGGUCCCCCAGACUUUAAAAGAAGGCAUACGUUCUGUCAGUCGUCCGCGCACAGACUGUAAUAUUUCCCCACUUCACAAACUUUGUAAAUAGUCCGUAUGAAUUACUCAGUGUUACUGCCAUAUUUAUGUAGUUGAUGAACUCCAUAUAUGUAUAAUGCUAUGUCGUAUUGGCCAAAACCCCCAUGGUUUGUGUUUUUUUUUUUUUUUUUUUUUGUUCUGACUUCUUUUUAAACGUGGGUGAAUUUCAAAAAAAAAAAAAUACACACACACACAUACAAAAAAAAAAAAGGAGUGUUGCAAAGUGCUGCAGGGCGGGACCGGGAGCUGUUCUUGCGAAUUUUUUUGUUCGGAGACGUUGCUUAUCCUGUAAAUAUAUCUAUCAUUUUAUUAAAGCAUGUGCAACAACAAAGUGAGCUAUGCCGAAUUCCCACCACGUCAUGUAUUUAAAUGUUGGGUGUGUGUGUGUGUGCGUGUCUGCGUGACAGAGGCAGGAAGGGAUUUGUUCAUGCAUAAUAAAUCGAUUUGGUUAAUAAUUGAA